GCGUGCAAAAAAACAAGUGCAUAUAAACAAAGACGACAAAAUCUUUAUUUUGCUACACAGAAGCUAGAGAGUAACAACAGCCUAUUCUCGAAUUAUAAAAUUAUUUCUUUCCACAUCCUAAGGGAAAUGGAAAACGCAGAAGAGAUGAUUUAUUUGGCAGUAAGCAAUGGAGAAUGGAUGGACGAAAAAUCUCUGCAGUUGAUCAAAAGUGUUGACAUAAAUAAGCUAUGCCGAUCUGGAAUGACAAUUCUUGGGCGUGCUGCUCAACUAGGACUGUUUCUGUUUGUUAAGCAAGUGUUGCACAGCUCUUUGCAGUAUAAAGCUAAUUUCCCACUAACGAAAUGCCGUGGACAUAGGAGGCCACAUCAUUCCACUGGAGGUUUUGCUAGAAAACAUCCUGGCACAUCUUCUUCUGAAGAUGACGAUUUUUUUGAUGGAAGAUGCAUGUCUCUGUGCAAGUUGAUGGAAGCUCCUUUAGGAAUUGGAUUGGACCAUAUUGUUUGUGAUGUUAAUGUGUCAGACUCAUAUGGAAGAACAGCAUUGCACUAUGCCGCUGAACAGGGCCAUGCGGACAUUAUCGAUGUUCUUUUGGUGGCUGGUUCUUUUGUAAAUGCCAUGGAUUUUGAAGGAAUGACUCCUUUGUACCUUGCAUCGGCCCGCGGAAAUACGGAUGCAGUGCAGGCAUUAGUGCAGCAUUCGGCCAAUAUAAAUUUAAGGGCGACAGAUAAGUCAACUCCUCUGCAUUCCGCAGCAUCUAGAGGCCAAAUUGAAAUCCUUAAAAUUUUAAUUAAUCACGGCUCGAAGGUUGACACACUUGACUACUCUGAUAGAAGUCCCCUGUAUGUUGCUGCUCAGCGCGGUCAUAAAGACGUUGUUGAAGUUCUUCUACUUAAAGGAGCAAAGGUUAAUUUGGAAGAAAUUCAUGGGUAUACGGCUUUAUGCGAAGCUGUUUGGCAAAAUAACACUGACAUGGCUGAACUGCUUGUUAGUAGAGGAGCACGAGUGACCACACAAUCUCACAUGCUACUCCAUUGUGCUGUAUCACAAGGAAAUACAGCAAUGGCCCGUCUAUUACUAAAUGCUAGGAGCGUUCCUAACUUACGCGAUGAUCAUGGCAACACGCCUCUAAUAUUGGCGGCAAAACAGGGCCAUCUUGCGAUGGUUGAGCUCUUGUUAGAGCAUGGAGCUAAUCCUAAUUAUCCAAAUGCCCUGAGUGGUGUUCACCCAAUCCAUGAAGCCGCACAAUGUAUGAACGACGAAGAUGUCCAUGUAUUCGAUCAGAUUUUGGAAACUCUGCAAAAAUACGGUGGUCGCUUAAACAUUGAAAGCUUUACACCUGGUGAUACACCGCUGCUACGUGCCGUUGUACAUCAUCAUCCAGAAUUAGCUACCGCUUUGUUUUCUCGCGGUGCUGAUCCAAAUCUUAGCUCCCUUUAUUCAUGUCCUGUCGAUAUUCUUACAUUAGCCAUUCGAAAUGGCUACACCGCUUUUGCUAAGAUGCUCGUACGGGGAGGUUUAGAUUUUAAUCGAAUUCGCGUUGAUCCCGAAAGUACCAACCAAUGGCUAGUCCGGUAUAAAUCCAGUCCUCAGCCAUUAUUAGAUUCGUGCCGUCUAGUUAUUCGACGUCAACUUGGCGAGCAUGUAACGCAAAAGAUAGCACAUUCUGCGCUACCUGAACAUUUGAGGAGAACAAUUUUGUUAAAGCAGUGUAUUCGGUAAAUUAUUUAUCGAAAAUAAUCCAACUAAACUCUUCUUGUCAGAUGUAUAAAUUUUGUGUUUAGGGAGCGCAGACAGUUUUCCGAUCGCAUAGAUUAAAUCAUGUUGACUUUUGAGAGAUGAUAAAUGUAUCGUUUCAUUAAUUCUCCCAUUUCCUGCAAUCUUCAUAGAACCAUUUUAUCAUAACUACUUUCGUUUAUUUCUCAAUCAGAUAGAAAUACUAUUUAAAUAUUUCUUCCCUCGUUGUAUAGCUUAGACACAAACUUCGUGUAAUUUCCAUGGUUACAUGCAUGAGCAAUUAUGGUUGAUCGUUUUAAAAAAAUCACAUAUGCUUAUAAGGAAGAUGAAUUUGUACAUUGUGUUCUUGUACCACGCUAAAGAAUUACGAUAUUCCAUGCCUUGGAACAGAAAAAGAGGAACGAUUAAAUCAAACA